AUGAUUUCCUUCGUUUAAACUUGAUAAAUAGUCAGUAAUGAGUUUGAGAAGCUUGAAAGGUAAAAUCAAUGAGAUAACAGUAUUCUUCGUUCUUUAUAAUUCACUGCAGGCCCCAAAACCGUCCGCUCACAUUGUGGGAGCUCAUUUACAAGAAGUCCACUAUCCAGUUAACACAGUGAUCACCGACUGGUCAAUCAGCCACUCUCGUAGUCAUCUUGCAGGUGGCAUGACGUAUCGUGACGGAAAGUUGACAGUACCCAGGGCUGGAAAGUACUACAUCUAUGUACAACUCUACAUCAGUAGCCGCGGGAGAGUGCAUGUUCUUGUGAACGACCAUGACGUCAUUACCAUUCUUCAGCGAUCGGCCAUUUUGGACGCAACUAGGGGGAACGGAAACCCAGCAAACGCUGUCGGUGUGUUUGAUCUCAAGGCUGGUGACACUAUCUCACUGAAGAUCAAUUCGUGGGGAGCGCCGAGGAAUGGCUCAGUCGAAUUUUGGUUCAAUGCCAACCACUCUUACUUCGGUGCAUUCUUGAUUUGAGCCUAUAGUUAAUAGCUUAGCUGAGGUCGUUGAUAUAAGCAAUUGUGUUGCCAUGUCUCUUGUCAAAGUCAGUGAAAGAGUCAUAAAUAAAAGAAAAAGAUCAGAAACUCCUAAUGAACGUAUUAUUUAAAAAAGGAGUUUUGCUCACAUGCAAGUUUUAUAACUGUGUUCAGGUUCAAAAACUUGUAAAAGUACUUCUUCCAAAUGCAUCAUGACUCUAUAUUGAAUACUCAGCAUGCAUGAAUCAGUCAUGUUC